AUGUUAGCCUUGCCUUUCUGGGAGGACGUUGCUGUCCGGGCGCUCUUUUGGCUCGCGUUGCUCAUAGCGGUCUUCGUGCGCAUCGCUCGUUCCGACAGCAAGGAACCGAUGAUUGCCGCGGGGGUCCUCGGGGGCCACGUCGUGGGCUACGCUGCUCUGGAGACUUUUGGGUCUGUGCAGCGGCAGGCGCCUUUUGUUGAGCACGUCAUCCCAACAGUCGUGGCCAGCGUUUCCCUAUACUAUCUCGUCCUCAAGGCCACGCUGUGGGUCGCCGACCAUCUGGUCCACGGCAGUGGCGAAGAUACCCGAGAACAGAAGAUCAAAGCGAUCGACGAGUGCGAGGAGGACGCGUUCUCCUUCUGCAACGGCUUCCUGAUCUCGCAGGUCUCGAAGUUCUAUGUCCUGGGAUUCAUGCCAGUGCUGCACGGCGAACCAGAGGGGCAUUCGCAGCAGGAGUGCGACAUGCUCUUCGGCUUUGUCGGGCUGUUCUCCAUGAUCGUCUGCGUGCUGGCGGCCCUGCAGGAGCUCGCGCACGCGAGUGGCCUCCCGAGCACGGCGCGCCUGCUCUUUCUCGCGCAGCACACGGCAGGCAUGGCUGCAGCGUGGAUGCUCGUGUUUGCGGGUGAGUGGCAGUGGUUCGCGGCGGUUGAGACGCCGUCUUUGUCAUCAGGGAUAAUGUUGGUGACUUUUGUGAGCACGAUGGUCAGUUUCGGGCUCGUGGUCGUGCUCGAUUUCGUCGCAGGCAGGGGUUGGGUUCGGCCAGCCUCGGUGCGGGCGCUCAUCGCCAUCAUCGCCACGGCGGUCGGCUUGUCCUGGGAGAAGGCGUUCCACGAGGCAGACCAAGCCCUGACCAGCGGUCUGAGCCCCAAAACUGCCACGAAGUGCAAGCUUCUGUUGAUCGUGGUCGUGUUGCUCAUCGUGCUCCAGGGGUGGCGCUACUACGUGCUGCCGCAGGCCAUCGAGUACGAGGAGAAGUGCGAAGAGAAGAGGAAAGCCGAGGCGUCCCAGGCCGAGGAGGGGCAGAAGCCAGCCGAGGUUUCCGAGCCGCAGUGA